UGCAUCCAGUAGGGUGGCUACGUUAGGUACCUAAGCUAUGGCUAGGUAUUACUGAGUUUUACUGGGUGAGGCCCAAGACUAGAAAACGUUUUCUAAUACAACAUCAAAUUACCACAUCUUCAAUCCCUAAGGUUGUGAAAUAGCCACGAGUGGCCUCGGCUUCAUGUGUCCUUUACGCGCUAAAGACCAUACAUCCUCUUUAAAUGGCGGGGUGCGCGGGGUAUCACGGGUAUCACGAAGAGCAUCGCGGUCGCAUCUGUGGAAGUCAGCCGCGAGCUUCGUUGUUGGACUCUUAUCUCUAGCCUUCUUGCUCUUUAAGCUAGAUGGGGAGCGCAUAGCAACAUCGCUCUAUAUCUUUAUAAAAAACAAGUCUCAAGGCAUACAAGCAUCAUCCUCCACUAAUUGGAAAUGGGGCGAUAUCGAACCUAGCAGAACCUUACGGUGGCAUCGUUGCUACAAUGACACCUACGACUGCGCAAGGCUCGACGUGCCUAUGGACUGGCUUAGCCCGUCCGAUGAUGCGCAUGCACGGGUUGUCCUGGCUGUCAUACGCCUCAGGGCUGUCCAACUUGAUGACUAUCGCGGUCCAAUAUUUAUCAACCCAGGAGGUCCCGGUGGAUCUGGAGUUUACGCACUGAAAGACCGUGGCGCCUUUCUGCAAGCUAUUGCUGGUAGGAAUCACGAUAUAAUAUCCUUCGAUCCAAGGGGUAUUGGUGCGUCGCUCCCGCGUGUCGACUGUUGGGGUUCCCAAGAGAAGAGUCGCCUCUGGGCGUUGCAGGACGUUGGUGUGGUUGAUGCCCAUCCGGGAGUCAUCAAUGACGCCUUCGCACGAGCAACCGCCUAUUCCCAGGCUUGUGAGCGAAAUAUGAAUAGCUCAGAUCUUCUUUUGCACAUCAGCACCGCGUCGCAUGCUAGAGAUUUACUGGAAAUCCUCCAUCAGACCGGGCAGGACAAGCUUAAGUACUGGGGUUUUAGUUAUGGUACAAUCUUGGGCGGCGUCUUCGCCGCGAUGUAUCCUGAUAAGGUUGAAAGACUCGUCAGUGACGGAAAUGUGGAUUACCGGGAAUGGCAUCUUAACUCUCACAUCAACUUUUUGCAUGAUACCGACAAAGUAAUGGAAGCUUUCUAUAGCUUCUGCUACGAGGCUGGCCCAUCUAGUUGUGACUUUUAUGCUUCAAGCCCGAAGGCUAUAGAGCAAAGGUUGGCUAACCUUCUCGAGCGAAUUAGAGAGCAUCCCAUAAUUGUCCCAGUUGCUGAACCAGGACCGGAUAUGCCUCAGCUAAUCACUUGGUCCCACCUGAAGAGAUUGAUUUCUGCUACGCUUUAUCGACCUAUCUUUAUGUUCAAGAAGUUCGCCAAGGUCCUAAGAGCCCUAGAAGAUGGCGACGGUGGCCCGUUCUACCAAUUAAUCAAGUCGGAAAAGUCAGCGCCCCCGAUAUGCUCGAUAGAAGCAAUGCCACCUAACGUACCGAGGUUAGAAGAAGGAAAUGAUGACGCGUUUCCUGCAAUUCUCUGUGCGGAUUCGCCUCCGGUAAAGGAUACUGUUGUGGACUUUGUAGAGUUUGUCGACCGGCUUAUGCGGAUUAGCUCUGCUGCUGGCGACGUCAAUGCCCUCUUUAGGUUAGCAUGUAUAGGCAGGACUAUCAGACCAAAAUGGAGGUAUGAUGGCCCAUUCGAGGGCAACACGAGUCACCCGAUCCUUUACGUGGCCAACAUGGCGGAUAACAUAUCUCCGCUCAUCAGUGCAAGAAACAACUCCCAAGGUUUCCCCGGUUCUGUCGUCUUGGUGCAAAAUUCCUACGGCCAUACCAGCCUUUCUGCCGCUUCGACUUGCACAGCCAGCCAUAUUCGGGCUUAUUUUCAGAACGGCACCCUGCCGAAAGUUGGAACUACUUGCGAACCUGAUUACCACCCAUUCCAAGAUAUAUAUCCCAACCACGCUGACGAGCUGUCUAUGGCAUUUCACAGGCUGUCUGAAGUUAAUUGGGGGUUUCAGGCGAGGAUAACCCCUUAAUUAUCACUUGAUAUGAAUCGUGACUCUUCAUAGCUCGGGCAGUACGUGAAAUUGCAAUUCAUUCUCAACUCCAUCUCAUCCAUAUAUGCUCGGAGGUACCUAUACAAAGCAACAUUAUUACUUAUUAGCCACCCAUGCGGUAAGACUACCUACCUAAUAAUUGUUUUUGUUUUUUUUUGGUAUCACGAUGUCUAUCGCAGGGGGCUGGCGCCUUUAUCCCCGUUGUUCUUCAUUCG